CUAAAAUAAACAAAAGUUGCAUAUUUUUUAUAGUCAUCCAUACUAUAUAUACAUACAUAUAUAUAUACACACAUAUACAUACAUACAUACAUACAUACAUAAUAUAUAAUGGGAAAUCCAGAUGAAUGGUUAGAAACUGUCCGUAGAUGUGAAUAUUUACCUGAACAUGAUAUUAAGAAAUUAUGUGAAAUGGUAAAAGAGCUAUUGAUGGAAGAAUCCAAUAUCCAGCCAGUUCAAUCACCAGUAACUGUAUGUGGUGACAUACACGGUCAAUUCUAUGAUCUUUUAGAACUAUUUAACGUCGGUGGUGAUAUUAAAGACACUAAUUAUAUUUUUAUGGGUGAUUACGUAGAUCGUGGAUAUUUCAGUUUGGAGACUUUUACACUCUUGAUGGCCUUGAAAGCAAAAUAUCCAAAUAAAAUUACAUUGUUAAGGGGUAAUCAUGAAAGUAGACAGAUAACUCAAGUAUAUGGUUUUUAUGAUGAAUGUCAAACAAAAUAUGGUACAGCGAAUGUGUGGAAAUAUUGUUGUUCAGUAUUUGACUAUCUAACAUUGGCUGCUAUCAUCGAUGGAACUAUUUUAUGUGUUCAUGGAGGAUUAUCACCUGACGUGAAAACACUUGAUCAAAUAAGAACCAUACAUCGUUUACAAGAAAUUCCUCAUGAAGGUUCAUUUUGUGAUUUAAUGUGGUCUGAUCCUGAAGAUAUAGAUACUUGGGCUGUGAGCCCUAGAGGAGCCGGUUGGUUAUUUGGUGGCAAAGUAACAAGUGAGUUUAAUCAUAUCAAUGGAUUAUCACUUAUUGCUAGAGCACAUCAAUUAGUACAAGAAGGCUAUAAAUAUAUGUUUCCUAAAGAUCAGUUAGUAACAGUUUGGUCAGCACCUAAUUAUUGUUACCGAUGCGGUAAUGUUGCUUCAAUAAUGGAAGUAAAUGAGAAUGAAACAAAAUUCAAAAUAUUUGAUGCUGUACCAGAUCAAGAUCGUUUUGCUCCAUUCUCCAAUAUUAGAAAUGGUAUGAAUAACUCAAGGAUGGGUGGCAAUGGGGGUCAAUACUUUGUAUGAUGUACUCUUAUAUUGUUUUGGAUUAUCAUUGUAAUAAUAGAACGAAAAAAAAAAAAGAUAUAAUACAAGCACAUACAACACAUACAUAUAGAUAAUCUAUAUACUUAUAUGUAUGCGUAUUAUUAUUAUUGUUAAAGCAUCUUCCGAACAUAUAUGUUUAUAUAUGACUACCAUAUCCUUAUAUAUAUAUUAUACGCAUUAUAUAAUUUUCUUAAUUGUAUUUCCUCCUUUUACUAUUCUUCUCCACUUUUAUAAAGUAAUAUACUAUUUUAAAUAUAUGUAAAUUGUUUGUUCGAAUUUGAAUAAUUAUUAUACAUACGCUUUAAUUAAGAAG